GAAUCUGCUCUCCGACUCAAAGCGCUAGCAGGCUACAAAUGGCGCUGCUCUUCCGCGGCUUCCUUCCCAUGAUCGCCAGAACACCACCAUAGCUUCCUUCCUCUUCGAUAAUCGAUACAAUUAUCUCCCAUCAGUGUCACAGUAAUGACGCCUACUCUCGGGAGAAGGAGCAGAAGCGUGGUCCUGGGCUGCGGCCUCGCCGUUGCGAUCCUCGCCCUGGGCUGCCUGCCGUCCGGCGGCUUCGCCAUGGGCUUGCCACGGCCGCAGCCGAACCUCAACUUCACCAUCGGCGUCGAGGGCGUCGUCUGGUGCAAGGGCUGCCGGUACGCCGGCUACAUCCAGUCCAGGGACACGUCGCCUCUCCGGAACGCGUCGGCGCUGCUGCGGUGCCGGCACGGGCGCCGGGCGCUGUCGGUGUGGGGCGCCACGAACUCGCGCGGCUACUUCCUGAUCCAGACGGGGGCGCAGGCGGCGCCCUUCACCAGCAAAGACUGCAGGAUGUACGUGCCGCGGUCGCCGGCGCGCGGGUGCGCCGUGCCCGCGAGCCCCGCCCGGAUGAAGGGGCUGCCGCUGAGGUUCCGGAGGUUCGUGACGCGACCCGACGGGCUGCAGGGCCGCUACGUGGCCGGCGGCUUCACGUUCGCGCCGCAGGACCGCUCCAAGUGCUGACCGCCUGACGCUCCUACUCCUACUUUUUCACUCAGAAGGGCGCGCGGGGCUGUAAAUAAAUAAAUAAACGCCGUGAAAGCCGAACCCCAACUACUUGUAUCUAUAUCUAUCCUUUUGUGCUACCUUCGUGCCGCUGCAAUGUUGCUCCAUGUUCGAUGUCGGUCGUACUGCAGUCACACACACAGCAUGCCCUCUGCUGCCAGUGCCA